AUGCUUUAGGCCUGCUUUGCACGCCUUUUCAGUUCUGCUAUAUUUCUUUUCUUGUCUUGCGUCUCAUUCGACCUUUUUUAAUAUCUGGCUGCUGCUCUAUGGCACCCCUCUUCUGGAUUAGAGGAAAAACAAAACAAAACAGAAUCAACCUUAAUACUCCUUCUCUGAAGAGAUAGAUAAUACGCACGACCUCGGCAAAAGGGAUUUCAUCAACAUCUACCAGGCCUUGUCGAAAAGGAUAUAGGAGAUAUACUCGUUGAUAGCCUUUGCAUUUAUCGGCUGCCUUCCGAAUUGAUCGGGACAACAUAGCGGACAUGGACGCUUCACAGGAUCCCUACACUUGGGAAGGUGCGACUGGAUGGCGACAAUAUCGAAUGCUAAGACCGGGCCGUGGCAUGUACUACGAUGUCAAGAGACGACUACCAUAUUACUGGAGCGAUAUCAGAGAUGCUUUUACCUAUAGAACAUUUGCCGCCACAGUUCGCAUGUACUUUGUAAAUCUCUUACCCGCAUUGGCAUUCAUACUAGACAUGGAACGUCACACAGAUGGCUUCUUCGGGGUUAAUGAGGCUUUGUUUUCAUCCGCCCUUGCCGCGAUUGUAUUCAGUACUUUGGCUGCUCAACCAUUGACCAUUGUCGGUAUCACUGGUCUCAUUUCUCUAUUCAAUUACACGAUCUACGACAUCGCUGUGAGGCAGGGUAUCGGUAAUCUGUACCCUGAGUUCCUGGCAUGGGUGUCCAUUUGGGCUGCCAUCACGCAUUGGAUCACAUCUUUUGGCAAUCUCUGCGAUUAUAUGCGAUUCAUUACCGAUUUUUCGAGCAAUGCUUUCGGCAUGUAUGUCGGAAUCAUUUAUAUGAUCAAGGGUGUUCAAGAACUCAUCGCCCAAUUCGAUGAGAGUUCACAAGCGGCAGGCUUCUUGAGUAUCGUUGUAGCACUUUGUUACUGGGCUACUGUAUAUGCUCUGGAAAUGCUGCCCCAUACCGUGGUCUUCACACCAGUGACUCGCAAGCUACUUUCCGACUAUGCCUAUCCUAUUGCCACACUGUUUUGGACAGGCUUCGUCCAUAUUCCUGGAACCAUUAAGAGGGCCAAUGUGCUCACUUUAGAUCAUACGAGAGCCUUCUACCCUACUGUAGAUCGCAGCUGGCUAAUCCAUUUCUGGAACCUGCCUGUCAAAUGGGUCUUCGUCGCCUUGCCCAUCGGCAUCCUCGUUACUUUGUUGUUCUACUACGAUCAUAACGUCAGCAGUAUCGGCGCUCAAGCCAGGCAAUACCCUCUCAAAAAGCCUGCAGGUUUUCAUUGGGACUUUGCUCUUCUCGGCGCCACAUGCUUCAUCGCUGGUAUCAUCGGCAUUCCUCUCCCCAAUGGUCUCGUUCCGCAAGCACCUGUACACACAGACUCCUUGACAGAAUACAAGGACAAGCUCAUCAUCAGCCACGAGACUGAAGAUGAGGACGGUCGCCCAAUGGAGCGCAGAAAAAAGGUGUUCGUAGCCGAAGGCGUCGUCGAGCAACGCGUCAGCCAUUUUCUCAUGGGUCUCGCCAUCGUGGGUACCAUGACCGGCCCCCUCCUCGUCGUCCUUCACACCAUUCCCCGCGCUCUCUUCUGCGGUGUCUUCUUUGUCGUCGGCUGGGGCUCCAUCGAAGGUAACGGUAUGACUCAAAAAGUUCUCUUCCUCAUCAAAGAACGCCGCUUCAUCGACCCUUCGGAACCACUGCUUCAGAUUUCAAGAAAGAAGAUUAUGCUCUUCCUCCUCUUCCAAAUCCUCGGCGUUGGCUUUAGUGUCGCCAUCUCGCAGACUAUCGGCGCCAUCGGUUUCCCCGUCAUCAUCAUCUCGCUGAUUCCUCUUCGCUGGUCAAUCAUGCCGCACUUGUUUGCCCGUAGAGAGCUGGAGACCAUGGAUGCACUGACCGCAGACUCUGAUGUCGUGCUCUGCAGUCUGGGAGGCAAGCCUGUCAUGCCUGAAGUUGCUCUCGAGAGGAAAAAGAGGGGUGUGGCAUCUGAAGAGGAAGGAGAUAGCGCGCAUAUGAGUGAUAAGAAAAAAGACAGUUCUAGUGCAGGGGAUGUGGAGUCGCCUGAAUUAAGAAGGCGGCUGGAGUUGGAGCGAUCGGGACGUGGCAAUGGGCCAUAUACGGCUGGCAAGCAUGAUUGAGAUGUAUGAGGGAGGAGUUUAGUUAAUACAUGGCGCAUUUACAUAUACAUGUUAUUGAUAUCGCAGAUUUCCAACUUUGACGAAUGACCAUG